GAUUCCUCUCCUAUCUUCCUUCACCUUCACAACAAACCCAAACCCAAACCCAAACAAAGAGCAACUUGGCUUAAAGAUAAUUCUCCAUGGAAAUCCAAAAAGAAGAAGCGAGAGUGGCACCAGUAAUGGUCGCCAUGCUGCCAUCCCCAGGCAUGGGACACCUAAUCCCAAUGAUUGAGUUUGCCAAGCGAGUCGUGGGCUACCAUAACCUCGAGGUCACCUUCGUCAUACCCACCGACGGCCCACCCUCCAAGGCCCAAACCACCGUCCUUCAGGCCCUUCCCAAGUCCAUUUCGCACACCUUCCUACCUCCGGUCUCACUCUCCGACCUCCCACCGGACUCCAAAAUCGAAACCCUCAUUUCCCUCACCGUUCUCCGUUCCCUCCCUUCUCUCCGCCACGCCUUCCGCUCCCUCUCGGCCACGCACACCGUGGCGGCGUUGGUCGUCGACCUCUUCGGCACCGACGCCUUCGACGUGGCCGCCGAAUUCAAUGCCUCUCCCUACGUCUUCUACCCUUCGACCGCCAUGGCCCUCUCGGUUUUCCUCCACCUGCCUCGCCUCCACCAGGAAGUUCAGUGCGAGUACAGGGAACUCCCCGAACCGGUUAAGAUCCCGGGUUGCGUUCCGGUUGAGGGGAAGGAUUUACUGGACCCUGUUCAGGACCGGAAGAACGAGGCCUACAAGUGGGUUCUUCAUCACGCGAAGAGAUACGCUGAAGCAGAAGGGAUUAUAGAGAACAGCUUCCUGGAGCUGGAACCGGGUGCUGUGAAGGAGUUGCUGAAGGGUGAACCGGGGAAGCCUCCGUUUUACCCGGUGGGACCGCUGGUGAACAUGGAGAGCGGUGGAAGAGGGGAAAGGGGGUCGGAGUGUUUGAGGUGGUUGGAGGAACAGCCACAUGGGAGUGUGUUGUUUGUUUCAUUCGGAAGCGGUGGGACCCUCUCGAGUGCUCAGCUGAAUGAGUUGGCUCUUGGGUUGGAGAUGAGUGAGCAACGGUUUUUGUGGGUUGUAAGGAGCCCAAAUGAUAAGGUUGCUAAUGCCUCUUAUUUCAUUGCCGAGAGCCACGUGGACCCUUUCGGCUUCUUGCCUAAAGGGUUUUUGGAGAGGACAAAGGGAAGGGGCCUGGUCGUGUCUUCUUGGGCUCCACAGCCACAGGUUUUGGCCCAUGGGUCCACUGGUGGGUUCUUGACCCAUUGUGGUUGGAACUCUAUCCUUGAAAGUGUGGUGAAUGGGGUUCCCCUCGUGGCAUGGCCACUAUUUGCGGAGCAGAAGAUGAACGCUGUUAUGCUCACCCAUGACAUCAAAGUCGCUUUGAGACCCACUGUUGGUGAUAAUGGCUUGGUCCAAAGGCAAGACAUUGCCAGCGUUGUCAAGUGCCUCAUGGAAGGUGAGGAAGGGAAGAAACUUCGUUACCGAAUGAAGGAUCUCAAGGAGGCCGCUGCCAAAGCUCUUGCCCCAAACGGCUCUUCCACUAACCAUAUCUCCAAUUUAGCUCUCAAGUGGACCAACAAGCCAAAUGUAACAAAUUAAACUAUAAAAAUUAUUAGCACCACUCCACCUUUUCUUCUUCUUUUUUUAAUCAUAAAUCUCGGAUUGUUAACUUAAACUAGUACAUAAGCUGGUCUAUUUUAUCGGGGAUGACUUUACUUCCACUUUUUAGUUUUUACCAUACUUUUGAUAAAUAUAUAAUUAGGUAAAGUGGCAAAUGUAAAAGUUGUACAAAAUUGAUAACGACCAUGGAUACUGGCCAAAAGUAUGAGGGCCCCAAUGAACAGAAAAUUCCUAGUUCCACAAUGGAGGCGAGUGACUCGCAAAAAGUAACUAGUUAGCAUUAGAGACUCUGGAACGCGUCCAUUUCCAUUAUGUCCUAACACAACCCCAUACAAGUUCAAUGUUUUAAAUGAUUGUAAUGAGGAAAUCGGGCUUGAUUUCAUGUCUUCAACCACUUUCAUCGCAUCAUUUUUUUUGGGUGGAAACUUCUAUCAAAACCUACCUAACUUCUCCAUUUGUACUAAUGGGAAACGUCCCACCUUUGGUUUAUUCGCAAGUUCCACAUUUUAGCUCUUCUUGCCCAAUGCCAUACCACGCCAACAUAAAAUACUACUCAUAGCAAAAAUAGGCUUCAAGGGUCAAAUGUUUAAUUCUAACUCGUAUUUAUUCGUUGUGGUAGUAAUUGGUAAAUGCUUUCUACCCAAAAAAGGGAGCUUCUAGCAUAUCUCUGAUCAUUCAGGAUAUAUUGUAGUUUUCUAGCAUUACAGGUGACAGAAUUUGCUUUCGCUCAUUCUCUUUUUUGUCUUUGGUAUGACUUUCAUAUUCUGGUAGAGCUGCUAAUGUCUCAUGCGGAUGGCUUUUUGCUUGGUGAGUCACCUCAUAUGGUGCUCUCAGCAUCUUUAUCUCAUGCACCCUGGCCUCUAUUCCACUUCAAUAAUAUCUUUCCCUCUUUUAAAAAAUGAUUACCUAUUAUUUCCAUUUUGGUAAUUGGUAAUUUUCGUUUCUUGGGUAUUGGUACUUGGUAAUUUUCAUAUUUUACUGUAAGAAUGAUAUUUUUCUUCUCUUUUAUUUUUAUAAGAAGAAUAGCAUUCUUUUAAGAACAGUAUAAAUGAGCUUGUGCUCACAAUACCCUUCUUUUAAAGGAAAAGUAAACCCAAAAGAAGAAGGGAAUCUGUUAAUGCUACAUGCCAUUAAUAUCCGCUUUAUAGUUGUUUGGAAGGAAGUGAUAUUAUUGGAAUAUUAAAUUGAUGUUAUCACA